AUGGCGAGUUCCAGUCGACCGAAAGGAACGCGGUUUAUCUUCGAAGCAGGAGUGAAGCUGAGGUUCUGUGACGAGAGUAUUGCCACGGCGUGCGUCUACUACCAGAAGUUCUACCAGGUCAUGAAGAGCAAAGACUAUAAUGAGAGCCUGGUGGUGAUGGCAACUCUGAGUCUGGCUGCCAAGGCCAAGGAUAUGCCAGUCAAACUGAGUGACGUGGUCAACACUUGCUACAGGUGUCUCCACCGGUGUGGACCAAUGUUGGAGGACACCUACCACACCUCCCUCCCUCUCUCCCUCUCUCCACACCACCUGGCCACCGCCGUCCUCUACCUAGCUGUCCUCUGUUCCAGACUACCCAUUCCUGGUAAUGACAGGAGUGGGCGGAGGUGGUGGGAGGUUCUGUGUCCAGGGAGCACAGAGGCAGAGCUGCAGGAGGUAGGCAGACAAAUGAUGGCUGCCUACCACCACCAGCACCACCAGCAGUCAACAAGUGAGCAGCAGUCAUUUACACCAGCAGAAGAUACUGGCAGAAAAGAUGGAGCUACUAGCAGGGGGACUGGUGAGGGUGGUGAGGGAAUGGGUAGUGAGGAGGGAGACAAGAGUGCGAUGGAAACAGCCAAAGAGGAAAAGGAUUCAAAUAGAUAAUAGGACAGAUCAACAGGACGCAUGUGUAACUAUAUAGCAGCGGGAUGAAACAAACAAAUCAGAAGGACACAGCUGGUUUAAUAGCAGGACAGCAAGCUAUUUAGUGUAUCAAAUGUUUGUGCAAAGAUUUUACCUGCAUAAUAAUGCAAUGGGCUCUGAGAAUAGUGAUACAGUACUUGUCCAGGGCACAGUAAACUUUAUGCACGUAGUAGCUACGUAAGUAGCUAUAUAUUAGUAAGCUUGAGGGCGAAACUCUUUUCAUCAACUUGCACAAAGGUGUCUCCCACGGAUGUUUUUUUUGCUGAAGGUAUACCUAUCAUUUUAAAAUGUUAUGAUACAACGGAAAUAUAAUAUAUAUAGAACGGAAAUAACUAAUCUGAAGUCGGAGUAAUAAAUAAUCUGCUGAAGUUGUGUAAAAGUGUCUACAAACUAAAGGUCGCAGAGCAUCAUAUCAGCAUAAGAUUCGCGGCGACGGAUGAGGCGACUUUUCCUCUCGUUUACCAGUACAAUCGGUGGACGCGGGUUCAGGUUGUAGUUGCUGGCCAUUGACGAGGAAUAGGCCCCGGUGGCUGGCACGGCGAUGACGUCGCC